AGAGCAAUUAUUAUUGGAACAACGCAGCAAUGAGUGAUCAAGCAGUGCCCGCCAAGGGCAACAUCUUGGGAUCGCUGGUCCCGGCCCGGUACAUCCUCGCGGUGCUCGGUUCCAUCGCUAUGGCCAUCAUCUACGGGUUGAAGGUGAAUCUGAGCGUGGCGAUGGUCGCCAUGUUGAAUCACUCGGCCCUGGCCCACAACGCACCGCUCCACGCGGUGGCCGAAUCGCACACCGCCGAACCGGUCUGCCAGGGAAGCAACUCAACCGAAGCAGUCGAGGACGGACCAUUCACCUGGAGCGAACCGCUGCAGGGAACCAUCUUGAGCUGCUACUUCUGGGGUUACUUUGUGUCGCAGAUUCCCGGAGCCCGCAUCGCCGAAAGUUUCUCCGCCAAAUGGGUGAUGUUCUUUUCGGUUUUCAUCAACGUUGUGUGCACUCUUCUGACCCCGGUUGCCGCCGAGCUGCAUUGGGGUGCCAUGGUGGCCAUGCGUAUUGGAGAAGGCAUCGGUGGAGGUGUCACUUUCCCAGCGAUGCACGUCAUGCUGGCCUCGUGGGCUCCUCCCAAUGAACGCUCGGUGAUGUCUGCAAUCGUAUAUGCGGGAACCGCUCUGGGUACGGUCAUUUCCAUGUUGAUGGCAGGUGUCCUAGCCGGCAGCUUGGGAUGGGAGUCGGUGUUCUACGUGAUGGGAGGUCUCAGUUGCCUGUGGAUUAUACUGUGGAUUUGGCUAGUUCAGGAUAACCCCAACAAACAGGCUCUAAUUAGUCAGGAUGAAAGAAAUUUGAUUACCUCAUCAUUGGGAUCGGAAGGUGAUUCAGGUCACAGUGGACCGAAGCCAGCUGUACCUUGGAAGAAAGUGUUCACAUCAGGCCCAUUCUACGGCAUUCUUAUUGCUCACGCCUGUAACAACUGGGGCUGGUACAUGUUGCUUAUCGAACUUCCAUUCUACAUGAAACAGGUGCUGCAAUUUAACAUUAAAGAAAACGCUGUCGUCACUGCUAUUCCAUUCCUCACAAUGUGGUUCUUCAGUAUGGCACUUAGUAAAACUCUAGAUGCUCUUCGUGCGCGUGGAAAGAUCAACACAACAAUCGCUCGUAAAACAGCUACACUAAUUGCAUCUGUUGUACCGAUGUGUUGCCUACUGGCUCUUUGUUAUAUUGGAUGCCAACGAGGUUUGGCCGUCGCAUUGAUGACCAUAGGCAUCACCUCUAUUGGAGGCAUGUUCUGCGGUUUCUUGUCUAAUCAUAUCGACAUUGCACCAAACUAUGCUGGAACAUUAAUGGCCAUCACUAACACGGCAGCAACGCUCCCUGGUAUAACCGUUCCCAUUUUCGUUGGACAGAUCACGCACGGAAACCAAACCAUUGAAGCCUGGCGUGUGAUCUUUUUCGUGACCAUCGGACUCUACGUUAUUGAAAUUCUGGGCUAUACCUUCCUAGGUUCAGGAGAGGAACAAUCAUGGAAUAAAGGAGACAAGUCCAAAAACGGCGAAGUUGAAGCGACUCCACUAAACACUAAGGAAUCAAAGCCGAAUUACACCAAUCAGGGAGAAUAA